AUGGACUCUUACGGUGGUGGACAAGCCCGCGGCUGCUACAACUGUGGCGAUGCUUCUCAUCAGGCUCGUGACUGCCCAACCAGAGGCCCGGCCAAGUGCUACAACUGUGGCGGUGAAGGACAUAUGAGCCGUGAAUGCCCAGAGGGCCCCAAGGACAAGACGUGCUAUAAGUGCGGUCAACCCGGCCAUAUCUCCCGCGACUGCACCAACCCAGCUGCUGAGGGUGCUGGACGUGGCGGCGGAUUCGCCUCCGGAGGUGGCAGCCAGGAAUGCUAUAAGUGUUCUAAGGUUGGCCAUAUCGCCCGCAACUGCCCUGAGGCAGGUGCCGGCGGAUACGGCGGCAAUGGCGGCAACGCUGGCGGAUACGGCGGCGCUCAAGGCGGCUACGGUGGUGGUUUCGGUGGUGGUCGUCAAGGCGGACAGACCUGCUACUCCUGUGGAGGCUACGGGCACAUGUCAAGAGACUGUACCCAGGGACAGAAGUGCUACAACUGUGGAGAGGUUGGCCACUUGAGCCGUGACUGCCCAUCCGAGACCAGCAGCGAGCGCACAUGCUACAAGUGCAAGCAGCCAGGCCACGUCCAGGCUCAAUGCCCCAACUAA